UUUAAAUUAUAGAACAAAUACGAGAGUGAUUUUUCAACAAUAUGUAGCACAUUGUUUUGCGCUGUACAAGGCAGAGACGACGGUUUAACCUUUCCCUAUAUUCCAUGGUAUGGUACCACAUGUGGAAAUGGCAAGAUGUGUCAAGUAGGGCAUUGCGUCGAAUCUCCCCUAGCACCUCCAGUCGAUGAUGAAACGUGUCCAUUUGGAGAUACCCCAUACAUUGUUCCGAAAAAAAAAUCUGGUUGUUCCGAUCUUCUUGGAUCUCCUGCAACAACUUACUAUUGUUACCAUGAACAAAUCAGAACAGACUGCUGUGCUACUUGUGAAGCUAUAAAGAAAAAUAACAGGGCGUAUGUAGAUUGUGACUAUGGAGAUAAACAGUCAUAUUGUGUAGGAAUGACAUUACAACUGUGUCGAAAUA